UAUAUAGAAUGUGAAUGGAUCUCAGAUUCACGUUUGGGUAUGGGUCCCCCAAGGGCGCAACCCAUCCCACCCAACUUCUCUGGAAACAAACUGAUAACGACUUCAUCAAGCUGAAACAGCCAACCGAAGCAAUUAAAAGUUAAAUUUCAGACAGUGCAGAUUUGCAGAUUGUAUUUUUUUUGUUCUUUUGAUCAGAUUUUUGGAAAUUCUAGGAAUAACCAAUGUCCAAACAAACCUACAGGGUUUGCUUUUGCUUCAGGCGGAGGUUUAGGCUGGCAGUUGCAGAGGCACCAGAGGAGAUCAAGAAGGUGUUCGAACAGUACUCUGAGAAUGGGAUCAUGAGCGUUGAUGGACUGCAGAGGUUCUUGGUUGAGGUCCAGAAAGAAGAUAACGCCACCAGAGAAGAUGAUCAGAAGAUUAUUGAUAGUUUUAAGCAUUUUCAUAGAAAGGGUCUAAAUCUUGAAGCUUUUUUUAAGUACCUCUUUGGCGAUCUUAAUCCUCCUCUUGCUUCUCUUGGGGUGCACCAUGAUAUGAAUGCUCCUUUGUCUCAUUAUUUCAUAUAUACUGGUCACAAUUCCUAUCUUACUGGGAAUCAACUCAGUAGUGUCUGCAGCGAUGUCCCCAUCAUAAAUGCACUUAAGAGAGGUGUGAGAGUGAUAGAAUUGGAUAUAUGGCCAAAUUCAGCAAAAGAUAAUGUCGAUGUUCUUCAUGGAAGGACUUUGACUACUCCCGUGGAACUCAUCAAGUGUUUGAGGUCUAUUAAGGAGUAUGCUUUUGUUGCCUCAGAUUACCCAGUUGUUAUAACUCUAGAAGACCAUCUUACCCCAGAUCUUCAGGCUAAAGUUGCCGAGAUGGUCACCCAAACAUUUGGAGACAUCCUGUUUUCUCCUGGCUCAGAAUGCUUAAAAGAAUUCCCUUCUCCAGAAUCAUUGAAGAAACGCAUAAUCAUAUCUACCAAACCACCGAAGGAAUACCUUGAGGCCAAAGAAGUUAAGGAUAAAGAGAAUGAGUCCGAAAGGGGUAAGGCCAGUGAUGAAGAAGCUUGGGGAAAAGAAGUUCCAGAGCUUAAAGGCAGUCAUGUAGCUGACAACAAGAAUGACUUGGAUCAAGAAGAUGAGGAGGAUCUUGAUGAUGGGGAUAAGUCACAGCAUACUCUAGUGCCGGAAUAUAAACGUUUAAUUGCUAUUCAUGCUGGGAAGCCAAAGGGUGGAUUAGAUGAGUGUCUAAGGGUGGAUCCUGAUAAAGUGAGACGACUUAGCAUGAGUGAGCAAGAACUUGAAAAGGCUGCAGUAACUCAUGGAAAACAAACUGUCAGGUUUACACAGAAGAAUAUUUUUAGGGUAUAUCCCAAGGGUAUACGUGUUGACUCUUCCAAUUACAACCCACUAAUUGGAUGGAUUCAUGGAGCUCAAAUGGUUGCAUUUAAUAUGCAGGGUCAUGGAAGAUCUUUAUGGUUGAUGCAUGGAAUGUUCAAAGCCAAUGGGGGAUGUGGUUAUGUGAAAAAACCAGAUUUCCUGUUGAACUCUAAUGAAGUCUUUGAUCCCAAAGUCAAGCCUUCAGUGAAAACAAUUUUGAAGGUAACCGUGUAUAUGGGGGAAGGAUGGUAUUAUGAUUUCCAUCACACACAUUUUGAUGCGUAUUCGCCUCCGGACUUUUAUGCAAGGGUGGGAAUUGCUGGAGUCCCAGCAGAUUCUGUGAUGAAGAAAACAAAGACUUUAGAAGACAAUUGGGUGCCUUCUUGGAAUGAGGAAUUCGAGUUCCCUCUAACCGUCCCUGAAUUGGCUUUACUUCGAAUCGAAGUGCACGAAUACGACAUGUCUGAAAAGGAUGACUUCGGAGGGCAAACAUGCCUACCAAUUUCAGAGCUAAGAAGAGGGAUCCGAGCAGUUCCCCUCAACAGCCUGAAGGGUGACAAGUAUAAUUCUGUAAAGCUCCUUAUGCGCUUCGAAUUUGUCGCUUCAUAGUCCCUGAGAGAGUUCCAGUUCCACAUUUCUGAAGCCACCUUCAAUUUGUUUGAUGGUAUUUGCUGAGCUUGUGUGCAGUUAUCCAUUACAUGUUUGCUGUCUGAUAUAUAUAUAUAUAUAUAUAUACAUAUAUAUGUAUAUAUAUAGACAUAUAUACAUAUAUAUAUAUAUACCAUCUGCUCUGCAGCUUUUCAUUUGCGGCGUGUAAUUAGUCAUAUUUUUAACUUGUGAUAUAUAAUUACGAGACAAAAAAAAAAAAAAACUUAAACUAGGUGUGUAAUUAGCAAGCCUGGUAUAUAUUAUUUAUCUGCUAUUAUUAGUUAAUGGCUUUUGGAUGCCGAACAUGUUCUGUUUUAUCAUCUUCACUCGGUUUCAUCAAGGUUGUAUAUUUCCCAUCUUUUCGAAAUUUAGUUUCAUAACUUUGGAUCUUACAUCCAAAUGCAUCUUCGGGAUAUAAGAUUUUGCUAUGUUAAAAUUCAAUCACUAAACUUGGAAAGGAUGAACAGUUUAAAUAAAUAAAAUGAAAUUUUUUGAUGCGGUGAGCGUGGAU